AUGUCUUUGAUGCUAGUUGAGACCAUGGGAGUGGCAUUGGCGAGAGCAGCUCAGUGGACGGCUGCUGGUUGUGGAACCGGCACACUCGAAAUCACCCCUUUGAACGAAUCUCUUUUAAAUCAAAUUAUUAAGUUUGUGGACGACUUCAGUACUAGACAUCCUCAGGAAGCGGCGUUUGUCUUCAGAGAGCCACUUGAGUGGAAAACGCAAUUGGGCUGUUCGGAGUUUGGCGAGGGUUAUGAGAUCGAUGGAGCAAUUGUUCAGUCUGAAGCCAAAGGUGAAGAUGGCCAGCCGUUGCUUCUCCUCACAGAAUCAACUCUCAGAGUUCGCAGUUUUCACCAGCUGUCCCAUUUCCUACAAAUUGCUAUGGAAAAAAAGUUAAAGGAAGCACGGGCAUGCCUUGAAGCUAACAGAGAUCCUAUAGUGAAAAUUCUUGGUCCUGAAUAUGGGACUGUUGAAGGAGAAGAUAUGUCCAUGUUACAUUUACUUGACAAAGUGAAAAAAGAUAAUGACCUUGAAACAGAGAUGAAAAUGAAAAUCUUUAUUCUUCUUCGUCAGCUGGAUUUGCAACUGCUUAAUAGUUCUUUGAAACACAUUUCACAAGACAUAAGACUAAAUCCAGCUGCUAUAACUAAUGAAGUGAAUCUUCUCAAGAAUUUCUCUGGGAAAGGAGAAGAUACGGGUCAGCUAAAGGGCAAAGAUGACAUUGACUAUGAAAGAAAAAGUGAUGUAUAUAAAGAUAUUGUGACAUUUUUAAGGGAGAGAUCACCUAGAUUUGUAGAAAAUAUGGCUAAACAGGAAUAUAAUUUUUUUAAAGAACCAACAUAUGAGAAGAAUUAUCAGCGUAUGGAAGUAGUUGAUGCUAAGGUCUCUGGCCAAUCCCAGAACCUUGAUGAUUUUACAGAAAAGAAU